AUGGUCCUGUUUGGCAAGUUGCCUGGGCACAUCCAAAAUUUGAACGACAACUGGGUGACGAUUGCCGAGCACUCAGUUCACCAAGCGUCUGUUAACAGCGUCUCGUGGGCUCCACACGAAUAUGGAGCCAUACUUCUCUGUACUUCAAGUGAUGGAAAGGCCAGUGUGGUGGAGUUCUUGGAGGAUGGAACUACUUCGACUAUAAGUUUCCAGGCCCACGCCAUUGGCGUGAACUCGGGAUCCUGGGCACCUCCUGCAGCUCCAUCAUCAGCAUUAGGUCAAACAAAUGGUGCAAAAGAUCAGGAAGCCCGCAGGCUUUGUACUGGUGGUUGCGACAACCUGGUGAAGAUUUGGAGAUUUGACCCAGCAGCAAAGACAUAUGUUGAGGAAGCCAAAUUGAGUGGUCAUUCUGACUGGGUGCGUGAUGUGGCCUGGUCUCCCUCGUUGUUGACAAAGUCCUAUAUAGCGUCAGCUUCACAGGACCGCACUGUGUUGAUCUGGACCAAGGACGAAAAGUCUAACACUUGGAAACAACACCCGCUGAUUGAAGGCAAGUUCCCCGACGUUUGUUGGAGAGCAAGCUGGUCACUCAGCGGAAACGUCCUGGCAAUUUCUGGCGGGGAUAAUAGGGUUACCCUUUGGAAGGAGGAUUUGACAGGAAACUGGAAAUCUGCAGGUGAGGUAGACCAAUAA